GCAAUCGGGGCGCGCCUUGCAAGCGGCCAAUCGGCGGGGCGGGCUCGCUUGUUGUUGCCGUGCGAGGCGGCUGCGCGGUAGGCGUCAGGUACCGGCUGCCACCGCCACCACUGCCGGCGCCGCAGGAGGGAUCCCGGGAGGCCUCAGGUCCGCUCGUCUCUCGCCGCCCCCACCGGCCCCGCCGCCCCUGCGGAGGGCGGGGAGAUGCAGCCCCCGGGCCCUCAGCAGCAGCAGCCGCCGCUGUACCCCCCCAGCAACGGGGACUUCACCUUCGUCUCCUCGGCAGACGCCGAAGAUCUUAGUGGCUCCAUAGCAGCUCCAGAUGUUAAACUAAAUCUUGGAGGAGAAUUCGUCAAAGAAUCUACUGCAUCUACAUUCCUAAGACAGAGAGGUUAUGGCUGGCUUCUGGAAGUAGAAGAUGAUGACCCAGAAGAUAACAAGCCUCUACUGGAAGAACUUGACAUUGAUCUGAAGGAUAUUUACUACAAAAUUCGAUGUGUGUUGAUGCCUAUGCCAUCUCUUGGGUUUAAUAGGCAGGUAGUGAGAGAUAAUCCAGACUUCUGGGGUCCUCUGGCAGUUGUCCUCUUCUUCUCAAUGAUUUCAUUAUAUGGACAGUUUAAGGUUGUUUCUUGGAUUAUAACUAUUUGGAUAUUUGGAUCCUUGACAAUUUUUUUACUGGCCAGGGUUCUUGGAGGAGAAGUUGCUUAUGGCCAAGUUCUUGGUGUGAUAGGAUAUUCCCUGCUCCCCCUCAUUGUCAUAGCACCUGCACUUUUGGUGGUUGGAUCAUUUGAAGUUGUUUCGACCCUGAUAAAAUUGUUUGGAGUCUUUUGGGCUGCAUACAGUGCUGCGUCAUUACUAGUCGGAGAAGAAUUCAAGACCAAGAAACCGCUUCUUAUUUAUCCAAUAUUUUUAUUAUACAUUUAUUUUCUGUCAUUGUACACUGGGGUGUGAUCUAGUGCAAGAUGUGACCAGAAACCAUAUUUUAUUCACUUUCAGGCUGAUAAUGCAUAAGAUUAAGGAGGCUGAACGUAAACACGUGACUGUUUUGUAUCCAGGUGUCAAGAUGUUUUAAGAUUCAAGAGCAUACUUGUGUAUAUUAUUUAAUGAAGCAAUUGUAGCUAUAUAGAUUUGUAUCAAAGUUCUAGGUUUGUUUAAAACUUCAGAUUUUACUGAACAAAAUAAAAGAACCUUGUGUUUUAUAAGAAAUUAUAGCAAAACCACAACUCAGUACCUGUGCCAAAAGCACUAGGACCAGAUUACUAUAUUUGAGAAGAAAAAUGAGAAGUUAACUGUAACAAUCUCAAAGUGCAAUUUUUCUUUUGAGCUUAAACAGAGCUGGCUUUUUGGGCACAGCAAAUUCUGUAGAUAAUAUAUAUUUAUGAAACAGUUCUGAUUGUUCACAGAAUAGUCUGUAUAAUCAAGAUAUGAAGAUACUACUAUUAAUUUAGUGCCUCAGUUACACCUUGAUUUGGCUAUUGAGUUUUUAUAAAUUCCAAUUUGUUUCCAAAACAUGUAUAUACUGUGUAUUUUGUAUCAAUGGCUUGUGUGUAGCAUAAAUACUCCUUGGCUGAGGAUGUAUAUUGGGGUUUUAAAAAUAGAAGAUAAAAGUAUUUGAAGUCUUUGUUUAUUAUCUCUGACCAAAGGAGCGAGAUAUUUACUGUGUGACAUGAAUUAAAUUGCAUAUUUAGAGAAUCAAAUUAUUUUACUUAAGUAUAAAUUUACAGAGAAAGAGGGGAACACCUUUCUCAGCUGCAGCACUGGCUAAUGUCAGAAAAAAAAAUGAUUUAUCCAAUUUGUGUGACCAUAACAAUGUUAUUUUAUUAUGACAAAAUAAAAAUAAUGCUUCUCUAACUGUUUUACAACAUCUUGCUCUGUCUUGCUGUUAAUAGCAUGGUAUUUAACACACAUUCAUUUUCUUCCCCCCAGUACUAUCAGUACCAUCUAAAGAGAAAUUAAAAUUGUUUGUAAGGCCAAGUUCUCACUACAUUAAAUGAGGCAUAAUGACAGCCAUAGUUACAGUCUUGCUAAUUUUGACUCUCCAAGGAUUAUGUAAUAACGUGAUGAUAUGUUAAAUAUUUCCUGUGUACUGUGUUGAUUGCUUAUGUAAUGUCCUUCUGUUAAUGUUUCUUCACAAGAAAAGUCCCCUGAAGUUCACUCUGCAUGGUACUAACUUAGGCAUUUGCAAUCUUCAGUAUUUAGUGUAUUGCCAAAUAGAUUUUAAGUUUCUUAAUGCUUUUGAUUUGGGGUUUUUGUUUUUUUUUUCCCUUGGAAUAACAGAAAAUAAUUUUUUUUUAAUGCUGCAAAUAAAAAUCAACCAUGACAAGGUCAUAGCAAGGGCUGUCUUUCAUCACUGAUGGACAUACUGCAUAUCAGAACUGUAGUUUUUCAGCUUUUUAGACUGUGUAAUUUGGCAUUUUAGUAACUUAUUUUUACCACUUGUAACUGAUGCAAAAUAUAUAUUUGAACUCCAACUCUACCACAAACCUCCAGGCUGCUUUUCUGGCUGAUGCUUUUGGUGGCUGCAAACAGAACUAUAAGUAGAUGGUGGACAAAAGUUUGUAAUGUAAUACUCUAGCUUGUAAUACAUGAGAAAAAAAAGGGUUCUGUGAUCCAUGCCUCACCUAAUUUUUGACUUCUGCAGAAGUUCUGGUGGAAUUACUGCAGAGUGAUGUCAAACUAAUUAUAUCAGCAGCUUAGUUCUGAUCCUACAAGUGUUUUGUAAGCCUGCAUACCACAUUCUGGAAAAAAAUAUAUAUGUGAAUUACAGUAUAUUUGGAAAAAAAACAUCAAUCAAACAAUGUUAGCUCUGAAAUCUUGCAUGAUAAUCUGAUUUUACCUCCUUUUUUCAUGAUCUUCAUUUCUUUUUUAACAGAACUAUCCAAGUAGUAUUAGAAGAUUAAAUCUGGACCUGCAAAUACACUUUUAACUACCACCACAAACAUUUAGGUUACGAGGCUAUCAGAGAACUUUAAGCUUAGUUCCUCUUUUCAUAUUUGUUCAUUAAAUGUCCAUAAUGGAUUCUGUGCAUCUGAAAUGACUGAAUAUUCAGAGGAUGCAAGAAUGUUCUAUUUAAUUUCCAAAUAUCUUAAUAUUCUUUAUGUUCUGGGAAAUUUAGAGUUGCAAUUUAACAGUCUUUCUACAGACUUGGCACAUUUGUAAUAUGCAAUGUAGGUAUGCACUUACCAUAGUACAUAUUUUGUACACAGUUGCAGAUUUGCACCUUUUAAUCUUAGUACCUCUAGGGCCACCUUUUGCAUAUGGUGUGCAAUAUGUACACACAGCUCUCAAAUGGCUCUGAUAGUUUGUAUUAACUUUCCAUUCAACAAACUCAUAUUUUUAGAUGAGGUACGUGUGUAAAUACAAGAUGUUUUGUUAAAAUUUUGAAUUAAACUUGUUUACAGAAU